CUCCGCGGCGGGUCCCGGAGCGCGCUGACGUCACGCCGCGCAUGCGCCCAGCCGCCGCCGCUCCGCGUUGACCUGUGUGUUUUCUAGAGGAGGAAGAAAACGCCAAUGGGUCCCCUGCCGGGGGCAGAGUUGGUGCAGAAACCGAUGCAGCUCUACCGCUAUCUGCUGCGUUGCUGCCGCCUCCUGCCCACGAAAGACAUCCAGGCGCAUUACAAACACGCCAUCAGGCAGAGUUUCCGGGUCCACGCCGACGAAGACGACCCUGAAAGGAUUCAGCAGAUAAUUCAAAGAGCCAUCGAAGAUGCCGACUGGGUCAUGAAUAAAUAUAAGAAGCAGAACUAAGAAGCCAGUGAGGAAGAUGACGAUCCCAAACGUCCGGACCUAAAUCCCCACUGGGGCAGCGACCGUGAGAGGUCGGGGUCACCAGAGAGGGGUCAGACCUGGCCAAAGUAACUAAAAGCACGAUCAGCUGAAAAAGCAGGACCGAGUAGGAGAAGGCAGGUGUCCGGGCUCUCCCUCCCUCACCCACUGCCAGAUCAAGGUUGCCGCCCGUUAAAAAUAUCUCUUCACCUGGGCUUUCUGCUCCCGGUGACGGCGUUUGGGGAUUGAUGGCGUCUUUAGCUUGGUUCCAAAAUCUGCCUCCUUGGUGGGUUGCCCGAUGUGAUUCUUGGAAAUUAGCUUUCUAAUGGAGCCUAAUUAGGAGGCAUCUAAUCAAGGGCUUCCAUUAGCAGAUUGCUAACUGGCUUAGACCAGUUCACCGUUAUCUGUGGUUAUUACGUACGCCAGAUCAUUGCCCCAUGAACGCUUCGGAGUCGACUCUCGCCUUGGACUGAGUGAACUGUAAUAGGUUCGCAUCAGCGAGGAGGGCAGCAUUUAAAAUGGAACGUGUGCAUCAUGUUAACAGUGAAAAUUAAAUAAACGUACCGGCUUCUGAAA